AUGAGUAGACGAAAAACUAAUGGUAAAGAAAUAGACAUACAAGAUGAAAUCAAAUCUAAAGAACUAAUAUAUGCUGUAUUUAUAAUUUACUUAUUUAUUUAAGCCUGUUAUAUAAAUGUAUGCAGAUAAUUAAUCAUUUACAGAAAUGCAAGUGGAUUCUAUAACUGGAAUUAUGUAAAAUAUAGAGAUAUUCAAAACAUGGUGUCCAGAAACUAGUACACUUUUUGAAUUUACAAGAUUAAUUUCUUAAAAUUUACAAUAUGAAAGAUUUUAAAAAGAAAAUGCUGUUUUUCAUAUUGGUAUAUCAAUCAUUAAUAUUUAAUUAGGUGAUUAAGGAGAUAAAUUUUAUAUCAUACUUUCAGGAACUGCAGCAGUCUAUAUUAAAAGAUAAUAAUAACAAAUUGAAAUUGAAGAAUAAGAAAUAGAACCAUUUAUUACAAAGCUUUUAGAUAAAAUGUAGCUUAAUUCAAUAUCUUAAAUUUAAUAAGAAUAAAGAUUCUUAUUUUAUGAAAAAAUAAUUAAAAAAUUAACUAAACCAAUAAAAUAAAUUGAAUCAGAAUUACUUCUAUUAAAUACACAUUAAUUUGAUAUGUAUUUUACUAAUUUAGGAAUCUGUAAAUUUUAAUAAGUAUCUUAACUUCAUUCUGGAUAAUAUUUUGGUGAUAUGGCAUUAACUACUGAUAAACCUAGAGCUGCAACCAUUAUAUCUAUUACUGAUUUAUAAGCAUUAUCACUUAAUAAAACUAAUUUUAAAGUAUAUUUAUUAUUUCAAUUAUAUAUUAGAAAAUAUUCGAAAAAUAAAUUAAAUCCUAAUAAGAUAAAAUUGAUUAUUUUUUGAAGAUGUUUCCUUCCAUGACUAAAUUCAAAAUUAGUAAAUUAAUUAUGUAUUUUUCAUAAUACAAAUACCCAUCCAAUUAUAAAAUAUGGAAAUAAAAUGAUCUUGUUGAUAGUUUCUUUCUUCUUAAAGACGGAGAAAUUCUAUUAUAAAAAACAAUCGAUUUAUAUCCAUUUCUAAAAUAAGAUUCAAAUUAAUUUCCUAUUGAAAAUAAAAAAGAAAAAACUUCUUAAACUGAUAUAAUUACUGUAAUAUUUAUAUUCUAAUUAAUUAGAUAGCAAAUUUAACAGAUGGUUGUUUUGUUGGUGAAACAGAUUUAUAUUUAUAAAAUGAAAAAAGAGAUUAUACUGUUAAAACUGUUACUCCUUGUAAUCUUUUUGUUUUACAUCUUGAAAAUUAUUAAAUUGUUAAAAAGUAAUUCCCUGAAUUCAUUAAUCCUCUAUUAUAACUCUAAAAAAAGAAUAUAAAUCUGUAUAAUAGAAGAUUAGAAGAAAUUAUUUAAACUAAAGUUUUCAAUCUUAAUUUCAAUAAGAAAGAAGACAAUAAUGUUAUUGAAAGAAGAUAUUUAAAUGAUAUUGAUACUAUUUAAUAACCUAAAUUAGUUAAAUAAAAACAAAUAUCAUCUCCAAUUUUAAGAUCUUCAAUAUAACCUAAAAUGACAAAAUAAUAAAUGGUUGAAUAAAAUUAAUCAAUUGCUUUAUAACAUUCAAAAUUAGAUAAGGUUUUUAAUAAAUAAGAAGAAUUUAAUAUGCUUAAAAUGGCUGGUGAUAAUUUUUAAAAAUGUUUAUUAAUUCGUGUUGAAAAAUAAUUUGAACAAUUUUAACCAACAAAACCUAAGUAUUUAUAUAAAAUUUAUUUAUAUAGAUCCAAAACACCUUUCUUUAGUAAAUAAUAAAAAGAUAUUAAAGAUUAUUUGGAUUAAAUUAAACGUAAUUAAAUACCAGAAGAAAAUAAUAAUUCAUAUGAAGAUCCAGACUACUAAACUAUGUGUUUACCAUUUCUUACUAUGAGUAAAAGAUAAUUCAGAGUUCUAUGUCCAUAAAUUUAAGAGAAAGUGCGAAUUUUAAAAUAAUUUUUAAGUCCAUAGUCUAAUCUUAUAGGUUCUCAUUCUAAAUCUGUCUCAUAAACUGUUGAUUAAUUUUAUAAAAUAAAAGCUUAAUAAGGAUUUGUACUAUGUGAUUCUCUUCAUACAACAAAUGAUCGUGGAAAUCAUAAAUCAAGAUUUAAUUAAUAAUGCACUAAUGUUAAAGUUAUAUCUAGAAAUUAACACACUAUUAAACAAUCUUUUAAUUCAUAAAAAAUCUCAUCAGAUAUGAUAGAUACAAAUUUUUUUAGUUCUUAGCCUACAGUACAAUAUAUAUGA